GUGACCCCAAUUAAAUUGAACACAGACACCCGAAUAAUAAAGUUAGUAUGGUCGAAAGGAAAAAAAAAAGAAGAAGAAUAUAAAAAUACUCCGUAGAUAACACAACAGAAUAUGAUUGUAUAUGAAGUUAUACUUUUUGCCAUUUUUAGUUAGAAAAAAUUCAUUUACUUGCUACAACUGAAAAUGUUAAACCAACACCUCACCUAAAUAGUGUAUCUUUGUACUCUCCCAAAAGUAGGUUUGGUCCAACAGAGACUUUGAACAAAACGUAUGCUAGUAGAUUUUUUUUUUCAAAUGUUGUCCUUCCCAAAGAACAAAACAAAAGAUUAUAAUUUGGCCUUUUUCUUUUACACGAAUUUGGGUCUUCGUGUACUCCAUUACAAAUCCUAUUAAAUGACAAUGUUUUCGCUUAAAACAAAAAAAUUAAUGGAUCCUAAAUAUAUUAAAUCCACAGUCAACGUCAUGCUGUGCCCAUACAUACCUCAUCUUCAUAAGAACCGACUUUCAAAUAACGAUUGUAACAUUAAAAUAACCAAUUAUCGUUAAGUCUUUAAAUAAUUAAACAUUCAAAAAAUGUCGAGUGGUUACAAAAACCGGAGCGUCACCACGCCUUUUUGUGCUCGGAGUGGUUUGUACAUUCAGAGUGCAAAUACGGUGACGUUAGACUGCAAUUUUAAAAUCGAUUUAUAUACUGUAUAAAGAUGUGCCGUUUGUUUCCUUUCACUGCUUCUUCCUUUCUUCUUCAGUGAAUCAGAGCUUUCUCUGUAUAAAGAUAUGGAAAUGGAGCCAAUGGUGAAUGAGGUGAAAGAGAUCGAUAUGGAGUACGAGUUUGACGCAGCUCGAUGGUAUGACUUCGCUCGGAUGGAGUUACGGGCAGAGUCUGAGGCAGCGGAGCUCUGGUUUCACUCUGCUCCCUCCUACGCGCCCUCUCCUUUCGUGACAACAUUGUUACUUAGAGAGGAGGUUUCUUAUGACAAGACCGAGAAGGAUGAGGAAGUCACAGCAGAUGUUUGUGACAUGGAUAUACAAAUCUAUCAUCAGCAUCCACAUUUGAAUAAGAAUGGAAAAAUGCGUUUUGGGAGUCACUUGAAGAAAGUUCCAAAUCAACCCAUAUGCAAAGGGCCUCCGGUUAGCAAUAACAACCACAGUGAUAAUAAACCAAAGUUCCGAGCUAAGUCAAGCAUCAGACCAAUUCCAGGGGGCUCAACGUUAAUGAGACCUACUGCUAGUCAGUUAGCUAAACAAAAUCAUGCCAGUAAAUUUCCUAUGCAAGUGGGAAAAAUUCAUGAGAAAGGCUUAUGUGGGACCGAAGUUCAAGCGGCUAAAAGACAGAAGCUUGAUGGAGGUCUUCUUCGUAAGGUUGCUGGUACAAAGCAGGAGAUGAGUUUUGUUCACAAGAUACCCAAGAAGGAUACAACUCUUGAUAGAAACUCACAACAUACCAGGAUAAAACUUACUACUCCACAUGAGCAUGAUUUUGCUACUUCGCAGAGGGCACACAAGAUACGACACCAUAAUGAUCAGAAGUUAGGACAGGACUCAAAAGCUGUAUAUAGAUUCAAAGCACGUCCAUUUAACCGAAAGAUAUUUGAUGCUCCCUCAUUGCCUAUCCGGAAAAAUAGCACUCCAAAACUAACUGAGUUCCAAGAAUUUCAUUUGAAGACUUCAGAAAGGGCUAUGCAACAUUCUUCAGCAGUAACAAAAAGGUCUAAUCAAUGGAAUCAUGCGUAUAAGGGGCCAGACAAAUCUAAUAUAACUGAUGUGUUUGACGGUGUUAGCAUGGAAAGUAGGAGACCAAGCGGAAUGGAUAUAUCUAAGCAUGAUCUCUCGGAGGGCAAACACGUUUUUAAAGCUCGUCCUCUGAGCAAGAAGGUACGUACUUCUCAUAAGGAGCAUGGGCAUUUUCAAAAAUAACCAGUACCUUUGGAGUUUAAUUUUCAACCAGAAAAGAGAGUUCAACAAGAUUUACCAACAGACCUUUUCAGCAAGCUCUCCAUCAAAUCCGAGCUCAAGCAAAACAAUGGAUCACGCCUAAGAUUUACUCAAGCAAAGGGUUUCAAGGAAAAUAGAGUGAACUCUUUCCAAGCAGGGAAUGAGGUAACUCCAGUCGAAAAAAUUGUCUCUUCAGCUGGACAACAAUCUGGUCAUAUCCGAAUAAUUCCUGAAACCAAUCAACGAUGGACUGCUAGUAGGAGCUUUGCCAUACGCUGAUGGUAUAUAUAAAAAGCUUUUGUAGUAUCUGGAAUCAUCAUCAUCAUCAUACUCCUUUUGUACAUUCAAAUUUGGUUCUCUUCUCAAUCUGAUCAUGUGUUGUAACUCCUCCAUCGCAAAGCUAACAUGUUAAAAUCCAGAGAAGUAGAACAAGAGAGGAAGGAGAAAGAAGGCAAAAGCAAACUGGAUUCUUCACUUCUUACAUCUCUUUUUUUACAUUUAGUAGCAUAAGAAAAAGAAAAAAAAAACAGAAAAUGUAAAUCAGAAAUACUCUCAACUUCUUAAUACACAUGUGGUUCAUA